AUGAGUCGAAACGUGUUGAUAUUAGCAUUAUUCAUUUCUGCAACUCGUAGCAAUCUGAAACAAUCUCCCACUACGGAUGAUCCAUGGGAUUUAGACGGGCCUUGUCAAAGAUAUGUUGAGAAGUUUGCAGUAGUUCAAUCCGAGAUGGUGCAAUGUGCUACGAAUUGGUCAAUUCCUCCUAAGGUGUGUACAAACUGCUUUCAGCAAUAUAUUGAUUUCAAGCAAUAUGAGUAUUAUACAAAACAUUUGGACAACAUUUUUUCACUGGACAAUCGAACUUGCUCUCAAGUUAUAUACGAUAAUUAUUUGUUGUCUUACAGUAAUGAUAUUUCCCAUGCUUUAACGUCAAAAAUUUGGGAACAAUCAAGAUGCGACUCUUGUAUUCAAAUAAAAUGGAAUUUUGAGCAAAAUAAGUCCGAAGUUGCUUUUAGCGAUCGUACCAUGCAAUUUCAGAACAGAUUAUAUGAAUGGCGAAAUUGUGUAGUGAAUUAUACAUCUGUUCCAUUUCGAAUGAGCGAGAUUGGCAAUUCAAGCGACAUUUGCGGACUAUGUAAAACUCCUUUUAAUGACUUGUUCAGCUAUUACUGGAAAAUUUAUAUCACUCCUGAGAUCGAUUUUUGUGUAGACGUUGAAACUACGAUGAACGAUACAAUUCAUUUAUGGAACGACGUUUGGAAAUGCGCGGAGCGUCAAGACAGAAAUCGGGAUUUAAUUAGUGUAGUUGUCACAUUUGGAAUUCUUCUUUUGUUAACCGCAUUAUUCUAUGCAGCUAGCUACAUCCAAGGAACUGAAGAUUCUAGAAAUUUAAUUAGUUAUUCACGGUUGGACACAAGGCCUCAACGAUCGCGACUAAUUUCGUCAAGUGUCUCAGAUUCGCAUUUUAGACGUCAAACUCUAAGUCCUCCGACAUCGACAAUAUCAGUACCAGUCGAUAACCCACAUUGA